UGCAGGGGUACUCGGUCCUCGAAUCAAGACCCUAGCAGCACUCCUACCUCUGACUUCUGGGGCGAUAACAAAGCCGAGGCAGCUGCGGCUCAUUGAUUUGUCUGUGAGGCUGUUGGCUUUUGAAAUCAGACAGGAAGGAGGGUUGAGGUGGAGCCCCGCACAGGAAGAGGGUAGGAGCCCCAGGGGCCGUGACAGCCAGUGGGCUGAGGGGACUGACUACAGGAGCUGGCGGACCAAGUCCCUGCUCCCCUGUGCAGUCAGCACCUCCUGAUCCCUUCAGACAGGGCUUCACUCCUGCCCGGGACAGAUCCUGACGGCUUGGGGCCCAGCUGACCAGCCACAGAGAUUCCCAGGACAUCCCCACCACCGCCCAGCUGCCUCUGUUCACUGGAGCAGGGCUGAGCCCAGGAACGCUGGGAUGGAGCCCCCCCGGCCCCCAAGUCAAGGCAUUCCUGGGGCAACAAGGCCCUGGAGACCCAUGGACGAGGGAUGGCUAAUCUCUGCCCUCUGAGUUCCUGGGGCCCCGCUGGAGGGGCUGCCGUGGGCUGGACGUCCUGUUCGCUGCAGGUUACAAAUGAGGACACCACGGCACAGAGAGCUCAGGUGGCCUGUCCAGUGUCACACAGCCACUCCCGGCGGCAACCCCGGACUCCAUGAGGAAGCAGGAGGUGCGGACAGGCGGGGAGGUUGGCCAGGGCCAUGGGGCCGGCUCCCCAGCCGAGCAGGUCAAAGCACUGGUGGACCUGCUGGCCGGCAAGGGUGGUCAGGGCUCCCAGGCCCCGCAGCCCCCCAACAGGACACCGGAGUCCCCACUGAGGCCCCACGGCAGUGACUUAAGGAUACAGAGGCACCGAGAGGCCCUGCUGAACAGGAUGGGAGGUGGCCCAGAGCUGGACAGCCCCUCACCCAGGCUGACCAGCCUCCUGCUGGUGGAGGGCCUGACAGACCUGCAGCUGAGGGAACACGACUUCACGCAGGUGGAGGCCACACGUGGGGGCUGGUGCUCCAGCAGGACCAUUACCCUGGACAGGCUCUUCCUGCCUCUGUCACGGGUGUCCAUCCCGCCCCGCAUCUCCAUCACCAUCGGGGUGGCUGGUGUGGGCAAGACCACCCUGGUGAGGAACUUCGUCCACCUCUGGGCCCGGGGACAGGUGGGCAAGGACUUCUCGCUGGUGCUGCCUCUGACCUUCCGGGAUCUCAACACCCAUGAGAAGCUGUCUGCAGACAGACUCGUCCGCUCCAUCUUCCCGCAUGCUGGGGAGACUGGCUUGGCAUCAGCAGCCCUAACCAAGGUCCUCCUGGUCCUGGAUGGUCUGGAUGAGUGUAAGACGCCCCUGGACUUCUCCAAUACUGUGGCCUGCACAGACCCCAGGAAGGAAAUCCAGGUGGACCACCUGAUCACCAACAUCAUCCGGGGCAACCUCUUCCCGGAAGUAUCCGUCUGGGUCACCUCCCGCCCCAGUGCAGCCGGCCAGAUCCCAGGCGGCCUGGUGGACCGGAUGACUGAGAUCCGGGGCUUUAACAAGGAGGAGAUCAAGAUGUGCCUGGAGCAGAUGUUCCCCGAGGACCCAGUCCUCUCGGGCUGGGUGCUGAGCCAGGUGCAGGCAGACAGGGCCCUGUACCUGAUGUGCACUAUCCCAGCCUUCUGCCGUCUGGCGGGGUUGGCACUGGGCCACCUGCACCGCAGCAGGUUGGGGCUGCCAGAUGCAGAGCUGUGGCCUCCAAGGACCCUGUGUGAGCUCUACUCUUGGUACUUCAGGAUGGCCCUCAGCGGGGAGGCGCAGGAGAAGGGCAAGGCGAGCCCCCGCAUCGAGCAGCUGGUCCAGGGCGGCCGCAAAGUGGUUGGCACGCUAGGCCGGCUGGCCUUCCACGGGCUGGUCAGGAAGAAGUACGUGUUCUACGAGCCAGACCUGAAGGUUUUCGGCGUGGACCUCGCCCUGCUGCAGACCGCCCUGUGCGGCUGCCUCCUGCAGCGGGAGGAGACCCUGGCCUCCUCAGUGACCUACUACUUCAAGCACCUGUCCCUGCAGGAGUUCGUGGCGGCCGUGUACUACUACAGCGCGUCCAGGAGGGCCAUCUUUGACCUCUUCACCGAGGGGGGCAUGUCCUGGCCCCGGCUUGGCUUCCUCACGCACUUCAGGAGCGCAGCCCAGCGGGCCAUGCAGGUCGAGGACGGGCGGCUCGAUGUGUUCCUGCGCUUCCUCUCAGGCCUCUUGUCUCCGAGGGUCAACGCCCUGCUGGCCGGCUCCCUGCUGACCCAAGGCGAGCACCAGGGCUACCGGGCCCAGGUGGCUGAGCUCCUGCAGGGCUGCCUGCGCCCCGACGGGGCGGUUUGCGCCCGGGCGGUCAACAUCCUGCACUGCCUGCACGAGCUGCAGCACACGGAACUGACCCGCAGCGUGGAGGAGGCUGUGGAGAGCGGGGCCCUGGCCAGGCUGACCAGCCGCCCGCACUGCGCUGCCCUGGCCUACCUCCUGCAGGUGUCUGAUGUCCGUGCCCAGGAGGCCAGCUUGCCCCUGUGCCUCAGCCAGGGUGUCCUCCAGAGCCUGCUGCCCCAGCUGCUCCACUGCCGGAGCCUGAGGCUGGACACCAACCAGUUCAAGGACCCUGUGAUGGAGCUGCUGGGCAGCGUGCUGAGUGGGAAGGACUGUCGCAUUCAAAGGAUCAGCUUGGGUGAGAACCAGAUCAGUAACAAAGGGGCUAAAGCUCUGGCCAGAUCCCUCCUCGUCAACAGAAGUCUGACCACUCUGGACCUCCGCAGUAACUCCAUUGGACCUCAAGGGGCCAAGGCACUGGCAGAUGCUCUGAAGAUUAACCGUACCCUGUCCUCUCUGAGCCUCCAGAGCAACAUGAUCAGGGACGACGGUGCAAGGUUCAUGGCAGAGGCCUUGGCCGCCAACCGGACCCUCUCCGUGCUACACCUGCAGAAGAACACCAUUGGGCCAGUGGGAACCCGGCAGAUGGCAGAUGCCCUGAAGCAGAACAGGAGUCUGAAGGAGCUCAUGUUCUCCAGUAACAGCAUUGGUGAUGGAGGUGCCAAGGCCCUGGCGGAGGCCCUGAAGGUGAACCAGGGCCUGGAGAGCCUGGACCUGCAGAGCAAUUCCAUCAGUGACUCAGGAGUGGCGGCGCUGAUGGGGGCCCUCUGCGCCAACCAGACACUCCUCAGCCUCAACCUUCGAGAAAACUCCAUCAGCUCCGAGGGCGCCCAGGACCUGGCUCGCGCUCUCUGCGCCAACAGCACCCUGAAGAGCCUGGACCUGACAGCCAACCUCCUCCACGACCAGGGUGCUCAGGCCAUCGCGGUGGCAGUGAGAGAAAACCACGCCCUCACGGCCCUUCACCUGCAAUGGAACUUCAUCCAGGCCGGCGCCGCCAAGGCCCUGGGACAAGCACUACAGCUCAACACGAGCCUGACCAGCCUCGAUUUACAGGAGAACGCCAUCGGGGAUGAAGGCGCCUCUGCGGUGGCCAGUGCGCUGAAGGCAAACACGGCCCUCACUGCUCUCUAUCUCCAGGUGGCCUCCAUUGGUGCCCUGGGGGCCCAGGCGCUCGGGGAGGCCCUGGCGGUGAACAGAACCUUGGAGAUUCUCGACUUAAGAGGAAACGCCAUCGGAGUGGCUGGAGCCAAAGCCUUGGCAAAUGCUCUGAAGGUCAACUCAAGUCUCCGAAGGCUCAAUCUUCAAGAGAAUUCCUUGGGGAUGGAUGGGGCGAUAUGUGUUGCCACUGCACUGUCUGGAAACCACGGGCUCCAGCACAUCAAUCUCCAGGGAAACCACAUUGGGGAGUCUGGUGCCAGGAUGAUCGCAGAGGCUAUCAAGACAAAUGCUCCCUCAUGCACUGUUGAAAUGUGAGACCGGUUCCUGGUGGACCAGGCAGCAGAACAGGAAGGGACAUGGCUGGAAGCUUUCAAAGGAAAAGACCAUUUUCCAGGGUGUCUUCCGGUGGUCUGGGAAUGAUGCUGACCCGCAAGAGAGCUGGUCCCCUGCAAGGAGGCCUGAAGGUGCUGCCAGAGGAGGACAUGAAGACCUCUCCUGGUCCUAGGUCAGUCUGGGCAAGGGAGAGACGGACACUCUGCUGUAGCAUAGAGAAGGGAGGGUCUCCCGCCAAGGGACUCAGGGACACAGGCCUCAAAGCUCAGCAAGUAAGAAACCAGUCUGAGCUUAUUUAUAUCCUGAGGACUUCAUGUGCCCCUUUCUGUAUCAUGACUGCCCUCUUCCACUGCCCUGGUUAAAACCACCCCCCAACUCUGAAAUGAGCUGCCAUCUUUAAGCCCAUUAAGAGUAUCAAUUUGGCAUUGGUGACAGAGGGGACCUCUUUCUUUUCUCAAGAAGAAAAGGUUUUAGGAGUAUGAUCCUUAAGAGUUAUAUGGAAAAAUUAUGAAAAACUUUCAAAGAGGAAUGAAGGCUUUAAUUAUAGGAUUCUGGUGACAGAGACCAAAAAAAUUUCUCCAAAAUUUUUGCCAUCUUUUAUCUAUUUCAAAAUCUCUCAAAGACAUGGAUUAUGUCUGCCAUGUUAUCUGGAGUCUGGCAAACUGGUUAUCAAAGCACAUUAAACGUCGAUACCUUGAUAAUGUCAUUCUAUGUUAGGCUCCCAAACCACUACUAUGGCUACAGCUUCCCCAUGAAGGUAGGUAAGCUGAGCUUCCACGUGGCAUAAAUGCCCUCAGAUGUCUGUCUGUGUUGAAAGGAAAGAGAUUCCAAAUGGAUGUCACGGCUCUCAUCAACUACAUAACCAAGGAAAAUGCUUACAUGAAAAUUAUAAACUAAUUAUCACUUUUAAAUUUGAACAGAAACUAUUGUUCCAAUUGUUUCUUUAAAAAAUGAGUAUUUGGGCAAGAACUACCACUGAAUGAUAAAACCAUGGAUGAAAAGUCUGUUAAAGAUAUCCACACAGUCUCAAAGCAUCAUCACAGAGAGGUAUUUAUGGAGGUUCCUCAAAGAUGGGGACAUCUUUGCAAAUACUGCCUUAGUGAUUAAAAUUAACAUCACCAAUAAUGGGACAAAUAGAUGCCAAAGUGAGGCACUGAAGGAACAUCACUGCUGUAUUAUUCUUGCCAAAAAUGUUUACCUGAAUCUAAUAAUGAAGGAACAGUCAGACAGAAUCCAGAGGGCCAUUCUGGAAAACAAAACAAAACACACACACAUACACACACACACAGAACAAAAAGCCUGACCUCUUAAAAAAUGCCAGUGUCAUGAAAAAAAUACAAAAAGCUGAAGACUGUUUUAAAUGAAAGCUAUUACAGAGUCAUAACAACUUAAGAUCUUUUGAUUGGAUCCUAGAGGAGACAGGGAAAAAUCAGCUAUAAAGAACAUUAUUUGGAAACUGGGGACAUUUAAACGUAGGUCUUACGUAGUCUUUAUUGGAUUACUGGUUUUGAAAGACAUUUUUGCUGGGUAUAGAAUUCCAGGGUGAGUUUUUUCUUUCAGUGCUUUCAAGAUGUUGUUAUACCAUCUUCUGGUUUGCACUGUUUCUGAGUUGAGAACCUGUCAGGCAAGAGCUGAAGUAGCCAAAUGCUGGAGAAAGUGGUGCCUUGUAAGGACCUCACUGGAGAAACCUCAGGGGCCAAAGCAGUGGACAAAAAAUGUGCUCUCCAGGGAUUUCAAAAGCAAGCCGCACUAGAAUGGGAAGGAAAGCCCCUUCCUUCCUGCUCCAAAAUCUCUCCAGCACCCUACUGACAAGGUUUAACACCUUUCUGGGUGGCAAAGAAGAGCUACUGACAAGGAAAAGCUCCAUUAUUGCAGGGCAGGCCAAAAGGUGAAUUUGAACAGAGGCAAUAAAUUGAUAACCAACACAACAGGAUUUUGAGGGGUCUUUUAUUGUUCUUCAUUUUGGACAAUUUAUAUUGCUGUGUCUUCAGGGACAGUAAUGUUUUCUUUUGCAAUGUCUAAUCUGCUCUUAAUCUCGGCUUGCAUAAUUUCCCCCUUGUAUUUUUUUUUAAUCUCUGUAAGUACUGUUUGAGACUUUAUAUCUUCCGUAUCUCUCAACAUGCUCAUGCUUCACCAUCCAACUAUAUGGAAUAGUUAUAAAUGUUUGAAUGUCCUUCCCUACCUUCUCUGUCAUCUCUGGGUCAUUUCUUGGUCAGUUUCUUGACUUUCCUCAUCAUGCCUUGUACAUUUGGCUUUGACACCAGACAUUGGGAAUUUUAUCUUCUUGGAUGUUGACUAUCUUUACAGUACUUAAAACAUUCUUGAGCUUUAUUCUGGGACACAAUUACUUAGAAACAGUUGGAUCCUUUCAAAAUUUGUUUUUAAAUUUUGCUAGCCAGGAUCAGCCAUCCUUUAGCCUAGGGCUACUUUGGCCCAACUUCUGAGGCAAUGCCUCAGUAUUCUGAGUACUCUACCCGAUGCCCAAGUCGAGGAAACUGUUCUGAGCCCUAUCUAUAAUAGACGCUAUAGAAAUUCAGGUGUAAAAAAGCGUGAAAUAAACUUUGCCUUCUUACCUUAAAUAGCAGCAACCAAAUGGUUAACUGCGUAGCAGAUAAAUCCUAAUCCAAACUACUUUAUCAAUUACUUUCCCCUCCUCCCUUCCUCUCUCCCUUUAGUUACACAGUAAAACAAACAAAACUCAAGAAAACUAUCAGCAAUGAUCUAAAUGCUAGUUUUCCACUGACCUAAUCACAUGAUCUCCUUUGGGGCCCCAAUCUGCUCUGCUGCUUGACCAAAACCAAAUGGCACAAGUCACAAGACACAUGCAUAUACCUGACUCCUGGAUCUUUGAGAGCGACAGAAAACACAUUAAUAACUAUGAUCGCUACUUGAGGCUCCUUUGUUGACAGAUGCUGCUCAAGUAUAGAAAUGUCAGACUAUGUGAGACUCUACACAGUCAGUUAAUGAGGGAUGAAGGAUGACAAGAAGCAAGUGAAACAAUGAAUUGCCCGCUGCAGCUCCUGCCCCUACCUGUGGAUGUGUUGUCGUCUGGGGCUUGGGUUGGGCUCCCAAGUUAAUGCCCAUUAGGAGAAAGCAUCACAGAAGGAAAACUGAAAUACACAUUUUUUUGUUUUUCAAAACAUAAGGUCAGACUCAGGUACACCAAAGCUGUAACAUCCAAGAAAAUGUAGUGACUCUCUUGUGCCUUAAAAGCCAGGGCACCUGAGGUGGUUAAUGUGGCUCCCAAUACACCUACUUUCCUUUUAGCUUAUUGUUUCAAAGAUGUCACAUCUCAGAUCACUAGUCAAUUAACUGAAUGCUGACUGCUUAAAAAAGGGGUAAUUGUAUACGUAAAAUUUAAGACAGAAAACA